AUGGAAUACUCAGCCAGGCUCAAAUUUCCAGCCUAUAACAACGUCGCAGAAUAUGAGGCACUAUUGGCAGGAUUACAAUUAUGUGAAGAACUCAACAUAUCAGAAGCACAGAUAUACAGCGACUCACAGCUGGUUGUGAACCAGGUAUCGGGGAGCUUUGAAGUAAAAGAAACCACACUGAAGAAGUACGCCAAGCAAGCCAAAGCCUUCUUCUUCAACAAUGGGCGAUCAUGGUCGCUACAGCAAAUACCCAGAGCAAUGAAUGGAAGAGCAGAUGAAUUGGCAAAGUGGGCCGCAACAAAAAAUUGCGAAUCAAUGAAGAACAUCCCUCACGAAAUCAAGCGACAACCCAGCUUUCAAGAGGGAUUUGAAGAGGGAGAAGUACUAAUGGUAGAUGGAGAGGAAACCUGGAUGACUCCCAUCACGGCGUAUUUGGCUAAUGGAGUACUUCCCGAAGACAGAAAAGAUGCCAGGAAAAUAGUGAUAUUAUCGUCCAAGUUCGGCAUGUACAAUGGUCAGCUGUACAAACGGUCAUUCACUCAUCCAUGGCUAAAGUGUGUUAACAAAGAAGAAGGAGAUUCCAUCCUAAAGGAGCUACAUGAGAGGACCUACGGAGCACAUGAUGGGGCAUCGACUCUGAUCAGAAAAGCCCUACUACAGGGUUACUAUUGGCCCACAAUGAAGGAACAAGGGAUAACACUAGUGAAAGGAUGUUGGCCAUGUCAACAACACGCUUUGGUGCCAAGAAAGCAAGCAUCAGAAAUGAAGCCAAUAGGCAGUGCGUGGCCCUUCGCCCAGUUCGGAAUACCAAAGGUGUUUAUAACGGACAACGGAAAGCAGUUUGAUUCAGCAAAAUUUAGAAAGUUCUGUGCAGAAUAUCAUAUCGACUUAAGAUUCACUUUGGUCUACUAUCCACAAUCAAAUGGACAAACCGAAGUGGCCAACAGAAUCUUACUGGCAGGACUAAAGAAAAGACUGGAUGAAUACCAAGGAAGAUGGAGAAUCUACAGGCGAAACUGCGUUCGCCCUAGCCUAACAGAGGCUGUAAUCCCAGUGGAGAUUGGCGCACCUACACCAAGAAUCGAAGACAGUCAGCUAAAUUUAGAAGAAAACGAAGCAGAACUAAGGAACAACCUGGAUCUCUUAGUUGAAAAUAUCAAUAAGUCAGAUAUCAGGAUGGAGGCCUACAGACACAAAAUGGCUAAACAUUUCGACAGCCAUGUGAAGAAAAGAAUAUUAAAGCUAGGCGAUUUAGUCAUGAGAAAGACCGAAGUCAAGAAGGGAGAAGCAGGGAGCGGAAAACUACGACCUAAUUGGGAAGGACCUUACACCGUCAACAAGAUCAUCAAAGAAGGGACAUUCAAACUCACCAACUCCUUCGGAAGAACUAUCCCCCCGUACUUUGAACGUAAACAACCUAAGAAAGAUUUAGAAAUUUACUCUAAAACAGUUUGUCAGCCGAUGUAUUUUCUAUUAUUUCCUAGAGUACAUUUUCUCUAG